AAAACGGGCCCCCCAUUGGUGUGAUGCGCUCGACCCAAAAUGGACGCCGUACCAUGAGGCCGGCGGCAUAAAAACCCUAGGCACUUGGUCGCCCCGCGCCAUGGCCAUGGCCACCGCCACCAGCUACACGCUCCGCCACACCCCGCCUUCGCCGCCACCGCGACUCCACGCUCCGCUACUUCCGCAGCUCCGCCGCCGUGCGACAGCGAAGGUGGCCGCCAGCUGGGUCACAGCCGGCGGCGGCAACUCGGACGACGGGCUUGGCGGCUGGUGGCUCCCCGAGCAAACGGUGGAACACCGGAGGGCAGGGUUUGGGAGAGCUCUCGCUGUGGGAUUGGGGACUUCCGCGGCAAUCGCGUUAGCCGGGAUUACGUGGAACUCGCCAUCCUCAAGAAAGUGUUUACAGCAACUUAUUGAUGUCCCAGUACGAUAUGUUCAAGAGAAGUUCUCAUUAUCUGAGUCAGCAGAAAUUCCCAAAGAUGAGGCAAUCGUGAAAGAGUCAGAUGCUAUUGAUGUUUUGGGAAUAACUGUUGAUGAGAAUAGUGACGCAUCAACUGAUGAUUCAAGCCGACAUCGAAUACCAGCUCGUGGUGACCGUGUUUCUUGUAGAAUUCCAGCAGAUCCCAUGCAUGAGGAGUCUUUGUCUAUACUGAAGAAGUUACAGAUAAUUGAAAACGAUGCUGGCUCCAGUGAAUUUUGUACGCGAAGGGAGUUUGCAAGAUGGUUUGUUAAAUUAUGCUCAAGAUUAGAGAGGAAAAGGAGGCACAGGAUCAUUCCUAAUCUAUUAAUUUGUGGUUCAGUCGAAAGUGCCUUUGAUGAUGUAAAUUUGGAUGACUCAGAUUUCUUAUAUAUUCAAUCUUUAGGAGAAUCUGGCAUUGUGCCUAGUAAGUUAUCCAGCUUCUGUGGAACAUUUACAAGUGACUCUCUAAGUGCCAAUCGAAAUGCCAACUUCCAACCUGAUAGUUAUCUGUCACGUCUUGAUCUUGUUAACUGGAAAGUACUAGUGGAACAUCCAUUUGCAUCAGAAUUAGACCAAAAGAUGCCGAGUAAAAAUGUUCACACUUUGGAUUUGAGCGCAUGGCCAGAUGUAUCAGCAUCCAUACUGACAGACUUGAUUGGUGGCGACCACAGCAUCAUCAGCAAAGUUUUUGGAAACACCAGACGCCUUCAACAUCAUAAGCCUGUGACAAAAGCACAAGCAGCUGCUGCACUGACCAGUGGUCGGAUGGAAGAAGUAAUACGCGAUGAAUUAAAGAGACUCGAAGUGGAAAAUGAAUCCCGACUUUCUGUUAUGGGUGAAAUGAUGGAAGAGUUAAUUGAGAGAGGGGAUAUAAGGCAAUAUUGGGAUUGCAAGAUGAAAAGGGAGCAAGAUUGUGGGCUUGAAGUUGAGAAGCAUCUUCAAGAUGUGUUUCAUGAGUUAGCAAAUGAGAGGACAGAUCGAGAAAAGGAACUUGCAGUCUUACUGAAAGAAAGAACAGCUUUAGAGCAUCAGAAUCAGGAACUCGUAAGUUUAAGGUCAGAAGUUGAUAGCAUGUAUGAUAGAUUAGCCAAUGAGAGCAUAGAGAUCAUGGCUGAUGAACAGAAUCUGGAAAAGUUAUCCUCUGAUAUGAGCAGCAAGCAUCAAGCUGUCACUGAAGCUAAAUCGUAUCUUGAAGCUGAGAAGGAAGCUCUUACUAUGCUAAGGUCUUGGGUGGAAACUGAAGCAGCACGCGUGCAUGAACGAGCCAAGGUACUUGAGAAGGCUGUGAGAAGAUGGCGAAUCCCAGCUGAUUCAGACUGCAAUUAACAUGCCAUCUUAUUUGUUUUAAGUUACAACCUGCUGUAAAAAAAAAUUGGUGCUCUGUAUUGGCAACGGUUCUGUUGAGUUACAUAAGUUAUUCCAUCAGCAGUAUGGAAUACGGGUACCUGUUAGGCUCUCAGAUCCUGGUUUCACUUCCGCUUUUCUAAGUGGCUUUCUCUUUCUGUUCCUCUCCAGCAAAGCCGGUUGAUCCAUUUAUUCCAUUUUUCGUGGUUGAUGACCGCGGGAUUCAUGCUGUGUUGAUGCUUGCUCAUCUGAAAGAUAAUGUUGUGGGUUUGUUGGUACAAGGGUGUAUUAUUUGGAUAGGAAACGAUGCCGUUGUAUUCCCUUUGUGA